ACGUAUUGCAUGCAUCUCGCGAGUUCAUUCAUUCUGAAACAGAAAGCUGAAGCUGAAAAUAACUUGGACAGCACCUUCUCUAGACGUUUAUACUAUAGCCAUUGACUAUUCCGAAGAAUUUGGCAGUUGAACUUGCAGUUGAAUCUACUGAAUGAUGGCUCAUACCGCAAGAAAUUCAAAUAUGAAUACUCUUGGUUUUAAAAAGCUGCAGAAUCUUGACAAUGAGAACGCUGGUGCAAGGCUUGGUGCAAAGAGCAUGGCUGUUCAAAAGCCUGCACAGAGGGCUGCUCUGGGUAACAUCAGUAACACAAUGCGAACCACACAGGUUGCUGGUAAAAAGGUUGUGAAGAAAGAUGCAAGGACAAAAACGAUGGUAAAAUCCAAGGCUACGUCAUCACUUCAAUCUGUAGCUAGUUUACCUGUUCCUGUAGACAACUCCAAGCCAGAUAUCUGCAGGUCACCAUUGCCACAAGUAGUUGACAAAAUGGAGGUAGAUUCUGUGGAAUCGGCGAUUGAAGCAUUUUCUCAACAACUGAUCGAUCUGCAAGUAGAAGACAUCGACAAAGACGACAGUGACAACCCUCAGCUGUGUAGUGAAUAUGUCAAAGAGAUCUACCUGUACAUGAGGAGCUUAGAGAAGAGAAUGGCCGUGCCCGCUGCCUAUCUAGAUAGGGAAGGUCAGCUGACGGGUCGUAUGCGUCACAUCCUUGUCGACUGGUUAGUUCAAGUUCAUCUGAGAUUUCAUCUUCUCCAAGAGACACUCUUCCUCACAGUACAACUCAUUGACAGAUUCCUGGUUGAUCACACGGUCUCAAAAGGAAAGCUUCAGCUUGUUGGUGUUACAGCGAUGUUCAUUGCCAGCAAGUAUGAAGAGAUGUACCCUCCUGAAAUCAAUGACUUUGUUUACAUCACUGACCAAGCAUACACCAAGUCACAGAUCAGACAGAUGGAGAUUGUCAUGUUGAAGGGGCUAGGCUACAAUCUAGGCAAACCUCUGUGCCUUCACUUCCUCCGACGCAACUCAAAGGCAGCUAUGGUUGACCCACAGAAGCAUACUCUAGCGAAGUUCCUGAUGGAGAUUACUCUACCAGAAUACAGCAUGGUGCAAUAUGAUCCAUCUGAGAUUGCUGCAGCAGCCCUCUACAUGUCCAUGAGAUUAUUAGGUUCAGAAGAAGACGGCUGGGGAGCUAAGAUGACACAUUACAGUAUGUACAAUGAAGAUCACAUCAGACCCAUCGUUAGAAAGAUGGCACAGGCUGUUAUCAGGAAUGAUGCCAUGACAGAAAAGUAUCAUGCUGUAAAGACAAAAUACCGCAGCAGUCGAUUCAUGAACAUCAGUACUCUCCCAGAGCUGGAAUCCGAUCUUAUCAAAUCAUUAGCAGAAGACGGUGAAGAACGUAUGUGAGAGAUCAGUAGGAUCAAAGACUUGAAAGACACAUUUGACUAUGAAACUCGUCUGCAGAAAUGGACUGCUCCUUGAUUCAGUGUCUUGCUUUCAUUCAGAAUCAAUGAAUGCCAUGUGCAAUGCGUCCCAGUUGAAAUUUGAAUUCCCGAGCUCGAGCGUACGUGGAACAUCCUUGAUCUGAGAUAAUCCCUGCAUUGCAUCUUUUGGAGAAAUUCACCAAUGGUGCCAUUGCAUUUUCUCGCAGGUUCAUUUCAUUAUCUUUAGACUGCCAAAGGGAUUUUUCCUAUCGCGUUAUGUGGAUUACAUCCAUCGGGCGAAUUAAAGUUGUCGAGUGUACAAGUUUCGCUAACUCCAAGUUGGGUCAGAAAGGCCAGGGCCCGUAACACCAUGGUUAGCGAUUAAUCGUACGCUGGAUUUUCAUCACUGAUUGUGUUGUAGUCUAUGCAAUCAAUUGUAGAAUGUUUUCCGAUCAUUGCUAACCUUUGUGUUACGGGCCCCAGGUCUGUCAAAGGUAAAACAUGCAAGAUGAACAGAUGAAAUGUAAAUACACUGUAGGGCCGAUGCUAGUAUUGGAUAAAACAGGAUUGCUUAAAUAGCCUUGCCUUCAUAACCUUGCUCUCGGAAUAAUGAUGGGUUGAAAAUAGAAAUGUAUUGUCGCAAGUUAUGUACAUGUACUUAGUUAGCAUGCGUGGCUAAUGGGGUCGUGAGAUAGAAGUUCAGAUUUUAAUCAUUUUAUAAUUUAACAAAAUUAGAUCUCUUCCUAAAAAGAAAAUCAUUUGAAUUUAAGUGUAAUAUUGGUAUGAAAUUAGCUCACAUUUUUAAUGUAAAUAAUGUUAUGUAUUCAUUAAUUUAAAUCCUGCACAGCAUGCACUUUUUUUAGCCAACUUUUGAAAUAUUUGCACCCAAAAUAUCAAAAGCCACUUUACAUGUUCACAAGAUAUUUGUUGACAUUUUUAAAACAUCCUCAGAACUAACACUAUUACUGCUGCUGAUAUUGUGAAGGUAUGCAAUAUUUUUACUAGGAAAUCACAAAAUUUCAGCCGCAGAAAGAUCAAUAUCAAUUUCAACAUGAUGCAACUGGUCUCAUCAAUGUAAACUUAAGCUUUGGUUCUUCCGGGGGGGGGGGGGGGGGGGGCAAAUCUCCCUACUCAUAUAUUCCAUGAAAGUAUGGUAGAAAACAAGUUUAAAGGGGAAUGAAACCUUUGGAACAAAUAGGCUCGUGUAGAAACAGAAAUCAAAGAAUAAGAAUAAAGAAAGUUUGAGAAAAAUCGGACAAAUAAUGAGAAAGUUAUGAGCAUUUGAAUAUUGCAAUCACUAAUGCCAUGGAGAUCCUCCCAUUGGCAAUGGGACAAGGAUUUGUGAUGUCACUGAUGAACAACUUUUCUUUGGACUAUAAAAUAACCUCAAACAGUCUCUUUUUGCUUUUUCUUAUGAU